UUUAAUUAUAAGUAAUAAUUAUAUGGACAUUAAGGAAUAAUAUGCUUAAUAUACACAAAAAAAUUAUACAGCUAAUGUAUUUAAAGUAGGGGAUCACAAUUUCAUAUUGGAUAAAAGAUAUAAUCCAACAAAUUAAUUGGGAAGUGGAGCUUAUGGAGUGGUUUUAUAGGCAGAUGAUUUGAAGGCUCCUCCAGAAGGACCUAAGAAAGUAGCAAUAAAGAAAAUAGAGAAAACAUUUCAACAUCGUUUUUAUGCUAAACGUACAUUGAGAGAAUUGAAAAUAUUAAGAAAUCUAAAACACGAAAAUGUAAUUCUUAAAUAUAUUACUUAGAUUGUUAAUUUAAUUACAAUAGCAUUACCAAAAUCAAGAGUAUCAAUGAAUGACAUGUAAUUUAAAUUUAUUAUUAUAGUUAUUUGGUUACAGAAUUAUUAGAUACAGAUUUACGUAAAGUUUUAGAACGAGAACAUGCUAAAUUAACAGAAGAUCAUUAUAAAUUAUUUUUAUAUCAAAUCUUAAGGGGAAUUAAAUAUAUGCAUUCUGCUAAUAUUUUACAUAGAGAUUUAAAACCAAGAAAUAUCCUAUUAAAUAAAGAAGAUUGUAUGUUAAAAGUCUGUGAUUUUGGUUUAAGUAGAGCUUUACUAAGUUAAGGACUUAAUGGAUAGAAUCCAAAUGUUAUGACAGAUUAUGUUGAAACUCGAUAUUAUAGAGCACCUGAAUUACUUUUGGGUUUAAAAUAAUAUACUAAAGCUGUUGAUAUGUGGUCAGUAGGUUGCAUAUUUGCUGAAAUUGUACGUGGUAAAGCUCUAUGGAGAGGAGCUUCUGCAGAAUCUUAAUUAAAAUUAAUAUUUGAAACUAUGGGUACUCCAAAUAAAUCAGAAAUUAAAACUUAUAAAGAUCCUUUCCUUUAAUAAAAGAUGUUAGAAGCUAUUGUUCAUUUAGGAUAAUUUUAGAAAGUUCCACUAGAUAAAAUUAUUAAAGGAAUAUCUCCAUAAGGAUAUGAUUUAUUAGAAAAACUUUUAGAAAUUGAUUUUAGUAAAAGAAUUACAGCUGAUGAAGCUUUAGCUCAUCCAUAUUUUGAAGAUCUUCAUUCACCAGAAGAUGAGCCUUUUCGUUAACCUGUUAGUGAUAAAGAAUUUGAAUUUGAAUUAUAUGAGUUAACAACAGAAUAAUUAAAAGGUAUCACCAUUGAAUUAAAAUAAUUAUAGAUAUGGUUUAUGAAGAAAUACUAUUAUAUCAUUUUCCAGAAUUCAGAAAAGAAUAUGAAAGAAAAAUUGCAGAAAAUGAAAGUGUUAUUAAACAUAUCUUAACAGGAUAAAGUGCAAGAUUAAUUGAUCCAUUAGCUGAUGAUGAUUUUCCUGAUUUUUAAUGAU